ACUUGGUACCUAGUUUGCGCGGUGGUCUUUUGCCUGGUGUAGUCCAGUAUGACUUUCCUCUUAAUUCUGCGCCUCGGGCCCUUUACCUCGCAACGAGUCGCCACAGUCGCCAGUCAAUUAAAGUCCAUGGACGUGCGAGGUCGCUUCUCGCUCCGGCCGAGUUUUACCUGCUGCCUAUUUUUCUACAAUAGGGAAUAGCAAGUAAUAAUACGUGGCGCUCGCGGUUUGUGCCAGUAUGGCACGCAGGCACGCAGGCACGCACCGGCAGGCACGGACAGGGGCAAUCCUGGGGGGCUUCGCCCCCCCCUGGUUCGCUUCGCUCGGGGGCCUCAGCCCAAAAAAGAGCAACGCGCACGUUGCAGGCGCAAUCCCGGUCGUACGCCAUGACAGGCACAAAGGGCAUGAAGCGUGAGUUGGCGUCCGGUAGCUUCCGAGCCGGGCCGCCGUACAACUACCUGCUCACACUCGCGGGCGCCAAGAAGCGCAGUGCGCGUGCGGUCGUGCCCAAGGCCAAGGCGGGCAAGGCCAAGGCGGCGGCAGGUGAUGAGAUGCAGGAGUAGAGGUGACUUGGCAGAUUUUGGUAUGUUUGGUAAUGCGUGGGGGCGGGAGAGCUUGCGACGGCGGUGGGUCCUCGUUGGGCUGCGGUAGUGCGCCCGCCGCACGAACGUGUUGGACGGUGUGCACGUGUGGAGACGACGUGAAAGGGAGUAAAAACGUGGCAUGACUUAACGUUAUGGAUAAAUGAUUCGUGAGUGCCACGUCGGAUGUGAAGAUGGAGGUUACUGGAGGAUGGCGGGCUCGACCAAUGGGCGUUGACAAAUAGUGGGUCCUUGCACCAGUCGGGCCCGGGGUGCAGGCACUGCCGGUGAGCUGCCGCUGCCAUCGUCUGUGGGUGUUUGUUGCGCACUUGAAAGGCGAGCAAUGGCGUCGGCUUGCUGCAAGGUGUUUUACUGCGUUGUCUCAGGGACGGGAGCAGCUUGCUCGGUGGCUACUGGCGCGCUGGCCAGGCCACCCGCGGCUGGCAAAGCGUAGGCGCCGUUCGUAGGGCCUGGCGCACCUUUUGCGAACGUGCCUAGGCUUUUGUGGUUUAUAGUUUGGCCAGAAAUAGCUGAUGAUGAUGACAAUUAGAGCAUGCUGCGCAAAACAUGACGACCGCAGGCCUCCGUGGACGGGGUACCGGCGGCCGUGUUGUAUACGGCGAUGGUGACCACGGCGGGCGGAGGCUGGCUUUGUGCGCAAGCGCAGUGUAUGAUUGCGGUCAAAUGAGCGCAUUUAUAAGGCUUGCAUAUUCCUUAAACGCGGUGAAUGUUUCGACCGGUCCGCCUUUUGUUGCAAGCUUCUCAGCAAGUCGCCACCUUGCCGCCGAGUCGGUCACCUUGGUAAUUGCAUAAUAUCAUCUUGAACUUACUCACAGGAACCGUGCUGACAACUUAUUGACCUGGGUGCAAGCUCAGGACAGUAGCGCCCUCGUAACAACUUGCAGCAACCACCGCUAACCUUACUUGUCGACCCAACAAAUACCAACUACUUAUUAGACUCUACUGAUCGACAAAUUGUACAAGCAGAGCGGUCUCUCUUGGGCCAGAUAGGUCAUCAGCACCGAUUGUCGCCGCGGAGAGACGAACCGUUAGUGGA